CCUGAAAGGGAAGAUCAAUUUCUCUCUUCGAUGAAAAAUCAAUGAUUCGGCGUAAGUCGAACACCAUUUUUGAUCGAUUUGGAAUCUAGGGUUUUUCUUCAUUCAUUCUCAAGAACAAAAAUGACAGUCGGUGUUCUCGCUUUGCAGGGAUCCUAUAACGAACACAUAGCAGUGCUUAGAAGACUGGGAGUGAAAGGAGUUGAGAUAAGAAAGCCUCAACAGCUUCAAAAUGUAACCUCUCUCAUUAUCCCUGGUGGGGAAAGCACUACCAUGGCCAAGCUAGCUGAAUUCCAUAACUUUUUUCCUGCUUUACGUGCAUUUGUUGAGACUGGAAAACCAGUUUGGGGAACCUGUGCAGGUCUUAUAUUCCUUGCUAAUAAAGCUGUUGGACAAAAACUUGGUGGGCAGGAACUUGUAGGGGGGCUUGAUUGUACUAUUCAUCGCAAUUUCUUUGGUAGUCAGAUUCAGAGUUUUGAAACAGAAGUAGAAGUACCCGAGAUAGCAGAUAAAGAAGGUGGACCUCCCACAUUUCGUGGAGUCUUCAUCCGAGCACCUGCAGUUCUUGAAGUUGGUCCAGACGUACAAGUGCUGGCUACUAUUCCUGUCUCAGCUCUGGCUACUAUUUCAGUUUCAGCUUUGGCUCUUCAACUCAAUUCUUUGGGUCUAGUUGAUAGUAUUAGUAGUGUAAUAGUUGCGGUUAAGCAAGGGAACUUGCUGGGAACUGCCUUCCAUCCUGAACUAACCGCGGAUACUAGAUGGCAUAGCUAUUUCUUAAAGAUGGCGGAUGAAGAUGAUGACGAAGAAGAAGAAGGAACUUCAAAUGGGGAAGAAUUGAAUUCAUUAUCAUAUCAGCAGAAGCAAUUGAAACCAGAACUUCCAAUAUUUGAGACAAGAAGAACCCUUGUUUGAUUUUGGGUAUGUUCUAAAUCUCAUAUGCUUUAUUUAUAAUUAUUUUUGUUAAUGAUUUGAAUAAUAAGAUGGUUAAUUAUUUGUAAGUCAAACAAGCUCUAGUUUAUAUGCUUUGAGAGCUUAUUUGACACAUUUUUUAGAUUUUUUAAAGAACAUGUAUUGGUAUGCUUCAUUUUA